GCAGUUGUUUCAGCAGAGAGUUUGGAAUAAAUUGGACCAAAGUGACAGAAGACGUCUGGAUUCCUACGGAGUACUGAACCAAUCGUUCCCUUGUCUGUGGAUAGUACUACUUUCACAAACAUAGCUAUAGUCUCUCUCUCUCGCUCUCUCUCUCUCGCUCUCUCUCUCUCGCUCUCUCUCACUGUGCGAGCCCGCCCUCUCUCCCUUGAAAGCGGAUUAUUUAUUAUAAAGCAGCUACCAUCGACAUGUCGACCCCAGACGCAGGAACCUCGGGAGCCGCUGAGGGAGAGGGGGGGCCUUCGGGCGCAGCACCCAACCUCACCAGUAACCGACGGCUACAGCAGACACAGGCACAGGUGGACGAGGUUGUGGACAUCAUGCGUGUGAACGUGGACAAGGUGUUGGAGAGGGAUCAGAGACUGUCGGAGCUGGACGACAGGGCCGACGCGCUACAAGCCGGGGCCUCACAGUUCGAGAGCAGUGCUGCCAAGCUGAAGAACAAGUACUGGUGGAAAAACCUCAAGAUGAUGAUAAUAAUGGGAAUCAUAGGAGUCAUAUGUGUUGGAGUUGUCUUCUUGUAUUUCUAUUAUUGAGCUGGCCUCUUCAGGGACGGACAGCAAGCGCAAGACGAGAUACUGAAAUGCCGCCAAAUCCACGUGUGAAUCCUGCCUUCCCUUGACCCCUCCUUCAUCCCUCUCUUCUUACCAAUGCCUUCCAUCUGAAAACCACCAUGCACGCGUAGACGUCGGCGCAGUGCCUCUCCCUCUUCUAUCCUCACAGUUGUUCUCUACCGCUGUGUCCUUGAGCAAGGCACUUAAUCCCUACAAUUGCUCUGGCGGCACUGCUCGGCGGCUGACGCUGUGCUUCCCCGGACCUUGUGGGUGUGCGUGUGUAAGGUUGGGUAUUGUGACAGAAAAUCAAUCAACUUCUGUUGUAAAAUGGACAAUAAAGUAUCUAUUCUAUUUUUGGCGCUCUC